AUGGAAAGAAAACCAGAAUGGCUACAAAAACAUAUAUUUGGAAACGAGCUUAUUCCAUAUGGACAAGCUCUGUUUGAAGAGCUUGAACCAGAAACUCAGGAAAGAGUCAUGCAAACAAUACGCAAAGACUCAAAUACAGACUAUGACAAACUCUUUCUAGGAUAUAGGUUACCUGAGAUGGGCGACCAGAGCCAAAAGGCAAAAAGGACAUGGGAAAUUUGCAACAUACUAGAUGAACAUAAUGCAAAGAUGCAACAACUUCAAGCAGAGGGCAAUGAAGGAAAAAGAAGAGUUAAAAACUCAGUCAGGAAGAAAGUAAAGCUUGGUCCACGUGGGUUCUAUUAUGACAUAUAA